AUGAUUUAUCCCCAUUGUCCCAUCCAGGUCUCCACUUCAUCGGCCAGCAGUCUGCUGCGUAUUGUCUUCGACCAGAUCACAGAGGGCCAGUUGGAGUUUGUGGAGCUGGACCAUCACUUUGACCGCGAGUACACCAUCUUCUCUGGCAAGACAGUGUUGGAUGCUCACCUUAAAAAUCAGUUUCCAGACGAUGUCACUGCCAUUGAAACUUUUUUCAAAAUCAUGAAGGUGUCAGCCAAGAAGACUCACUAUCUGGCCUCUCUGAAGCUGAUCCCCCAGUGGCUGGCUCUGUUCUUGCUGAAGUCUGGCAUCACAAACCUCUGCUCCUCCAUCUAUACCCUCUCUGGUAGGGACCUUCACGUUAUCUUCAGUUACCUCUUCUACGGUACUUGGUCUUAACCCCCCCCCCCCCAUUCCAGUGUAAUGAUCAAUGCUCUUCUGUUGCAACACUACAAGAGAGGAGCGUACUACCCUAAAGGAGGAGCCAAUGAGAUCUCCUACCACAUCAUCCCUGUCAUCCAGAAGUCUGGAGGCAACGUCCUGGUCAGGGCACCCGUCACUCAGAUCCUGGUCAACAAUGACGGGGCAGCAUAUGGUGUAAAGGUGAGAAAGGGACAGGAGGAGGUGGAGGUACAUGCUCCUGUGAUCAUCUCCAACUGUGGUCUGUUCACCACCUUCCAGAAAUGACUGCCCCCUGAGACCCAGACCAAACCAGACAUCCAGGAACGUUUGGACAUGAUGAAACAUGGCAGGUGAUCAUUAUUGGUCUUCUCUGGCUUUGAUGGAACCCAAGAGGAGCUGGGUAUUGUCUCCACCAACUUCUGGCUCUUCAAAAAGAAUGAUAUGGAUGGCUCGUAAGGACCAGGCACUCCUCUUUCAGAAUUGACAUGAGAUGAUAUCAGGAUGCACCUGAUAAGUGCUGCAGACGUGUCGGAUGUAUACCAUGUUACAUUUCCAGGGAAAUCCUGCAUGACGAUGUUGACCAUGGUGAAAUACGAGUGGUUUGAGGAAUGGACAGAUACCUCAGUAAGGAAAAGGGGAGAUGACUAUACCAACUACAAAAUUAAAUUGCAAACUAUCCCUGACUGGGCAUGCACCCUAUUCCCCAAGCUGAGGGAAAAGUUGGUGUUCCAGGACGUUGCGACCCCCCUGACUAACAUGCACUACCUGGGAGCCCAGCGCGGGGCCAUGUACUCUGCUGAGCACAACCUUGGCCGCUUCCAUGCUGAGGCUGUGGCCAGGAAGCGUUGCUCCACCCCUGUCAAAAACCUCUAUCUCACAGGGCAGGAUGUGUUCAGCCGUGGGAUAGCUGGAGCGUUGCACGGGGGUCUCCUGUGUGCCUCCACGGUCCUGGACCACAUCGUCUACAUCAACCUCCUCUUCCUCAAGAAGAAGCAGAAAGAUGGCCAGGCUGGGUAAGAAGCUUGAGUGAGACCACUCCAUUUCUACGCUCCGGAGCGAAGUUUCCCCUAUAAUUGAACUUUCCUAACCUAAAUCACAAGAUGGGACAAUUUAAAACUGACCCAAGAUCAGUGUCUAGGGCCAGCUUCACCCUACACACUACUUCUACAGUAAGGUAGCCUAUACAGGGUCGAAAAAGAAGAAGAAACCGCUAACAUCCGGUUUUCAGGGAUACAGCAUCUUCAACAUAGCUUCCGUUUCCUCUGAAAACCGCAUGUAGGGACCACAGGAGGUUGGUGGUGCCUUAAUUGAGGAGGACGGGCUCGUGGUAAUGGCUGGAGUGCAAUAGGAGGAAAUGAAAUACAACAAACAGAUGGAUUCCAUGUGUUUGAUGCCAUCAGUCGCACCGUUCCGGCCAUUAUUGUGAGCCAUCCUCCCUCAGCAGCCUCCACUGGUAGGGACUGCUCAAGCGGUUCUUUUACGCCUGCUAGGUUAACAGUAAAGCUGCUCUCUACUUCCUCCGCAGGACUAAGUCUGAACUGCAGGUUUCAUUCUGAUACGAUGACAUCAUGACAAGCUGAGGAGAUGGAAUCCCAACAAACCAUUUCUGGUUACCUCUUCAUUCCUAGAACAUUAGUAUGAAUGUUCUGGGAGGGGUAAAAUGGUUAACACUUUUGGUUAAAACGUUUGACAGAGUUUCCCAGGGAUGUAUACAUAUUGUAUGUCAUUUUACAAUUACAAUGGAAAGCCAAUGGAAAGUAAUCAUUGAAUAUGUAUGCACCACUUACACUGUGUCAAAGUUUUAAAUGUUUUAAUGUGAAUCAUUUAAUAUUGUAUUAAUGUAAACAUGUAACAUGGUAAGACCAGGUUCCAGGAUAAAGUGACUAAGGGGACAGUUGAAA